CAUUUAAAAUUGCAAUCAACAGUUUCUCUCGUAACUACACAAUGAAAUCAAACAAUACUAUUGCGUCCAUUAUAAUUCUCUGCAUUAAUCUUAUUUUUGCUUCAACCCUUGUCUCUUCCACUCCAAAUCCUAAGACACCACCAACUCAUCCCAAAACACCACCUCCUCCAUCAAAACUCCCACCAAGUCAAAUGACACCACCACCCCAUCUCAUGACACCACCACCUAUGGUACCUCCUUCCGUGCAACCUUCUACACCCCCACCAACUAUGACGAUCGCACCACCUUGUCCUACUACACCACCACCUACAACAAAUCCAUCCGCACCCCCUUCAAAUCCUAUGACAACACCUCCCAUAGUCUCUCCUUCCACACCACCGCCAAGUCCUACGGCAACACCCCCUAUGAUCUCUCCUUCCACACCACCACCAAGAUAUUUGACACCCCCGCCUAAGAUAACUCCUACGACGUCACCUACUUGUCAAAUAGGAAGAUUGAGUGUUUGUGCCAAUGUGUUGAAUGUUGUGAACGUAGGGAUUGGACGAGAUACUAAGCCUUGUUGCAACCUCAUCAAUGGUCUUAUUGAUCUCGAAGCCUCUAUAUGUCUAUGCGCUGCACUUAAGGCUAAUAUCUUGGGAAUCAUCAUUAUUGAUCUUAACAUUCCCUUGCAAUUAAUCUUGAACCGAUGUGGGCGUCAAAUGCCUACAAAUUUCAAAUGCAGCCGUUAAGACCAAUAAAAUGCAUGAUCGAUAUGAUGGCUUAUGCACGCCAUCACCAAUGGACUAUUCCUAUUAUAUUAUAUUAUAUUAACGAAAUAAGUUCUACUAAAUAAAAACUGUUCAUUAUAUUAAUACUAAAAUAUAUAUUUGUAUUAUUGUGUUUAAUUAUUAUAUCGAUGGAAGACGCUGUCUUUGUCGAUAGUUGUUGGAUGUCAAAGAUGAUGAAGAAGUAGAUUUUUCAU